AACACGCCACUAUAUAUAUCGAAACUUCACAUUUUGCAGCUCUGGAAUUCGUAAACCCUAGUUUGUGUGGCAGAACAAUCACAAUUCACAAAAUGAGUUCCGGCGAAUUGGGCUGCAUUUACGCCACCUUGAUCCUCCACGACGAUGGAAUCCCAAUCACCGCGGAGAAGAUCGGCACUUUGUUGAAGGCUGCUAACGUCACCGUUGAAUCUUACUGGCCAAGCCUAUUCGCUAAGCUUGCUCAGAGCAAGAACGUUGAUGAUCUCGUUUUGAACUCCGGCGCUGUUGGUGGUGCCGCCGUUGCCGUAUCUGCACCUGCUGCUGGUGGUGGAACCGCAGCAGCAGCCGAACCUGCCGCCGUGGAAAAGAAGGAGGAAGCCAAGGAAGAAAGUGACGAUGACAUGGGCUUUAGUUUGUUUGACUAGGUUUCUCUUUAUAGUUUGUUGUAGCCAGAUUAGGACUCCUUUCAAGGAGUGGCUGAAUCCAAAACUUGUUUUGUUUUAUAAAUUGUUUAUCUAAGUGAGUUUUAGCAAUCUACUAUCUCAUUUUAUUGUUUAAUUUUGGUGGAGUUUUUGAUAUAUUUGUGACAAUUGAAUCUGAAUGAUAUGUUUAUUUUCUUAUUCCAUUUGAA